AAGCAUCUUUCCUCUUUGACUGCUUUCUUGAGCUGAAAGCAUUUCCUUUACUUUUAAGUUGGAAGAAAGUUAAGCCUUCCAUUAUCAUUUCUUGCAAAUAUGGAGUCGGCCAUGGCUCAAAAUCUGCAAAAAUCAUCAUACAACGAGUUGUUAUUGACAUCUAUUGACAUUUUAUUCUGUGAAGAUAAGGUCAGUCACAUACAAAAAUUUUUCUCUAGAUUUUGGUUCUCUCUCCGAUCCCAACUUAGUUUUGGUAACUCAAGGAGGUGGGAAGAGAAUAAGAACCAAGAGUCUGAGUCAUCCAACCAACAGCAUCACUGUGGCGUUAAAAGGGAUGAUAAAAGCCUUUGCAGAGAAGAAGUGGAGAUGGUGAUGGGAAAGUUAGGACUUUUUUGCAGCCCAGAAGGCGAGAAGCUCAAUGAGUUUAUUGGUUUUAAUGAGCUUUCAGGGCUAUUUAAUGAGGAGCCAAGCUUAGAGGAAGUAAAGGAGGCUUUUAAUGUUUUUGACGAGAAUACAGAUGGAUUUAUCGAUGCGAAGGAGUUGCAGAUAGUGCUCUGCAGAUUUGGAUUAAAGGAAGGAUUUGAACUGGAGAACUGCAGAAAUAUGAUCAGAGCUUAUGAUCAAAACGGAGAUGGAAAGAUAGACUUCAGUGAAUUUGUAAAAUUCAUGGAGAACAGCUUUUCUUGAAUACAUAUCGGAUUAUAUAUCUGCAACUCUUUUCCACUCUCUUAGUCUUUUUUUUUUUUUUUUUUUUUUUCUUUUUUU